UGUACCUCGUCUGACAUCGCUCACCUCAUCCCGGACAACCCGCUUCCUUAUCACUCUUCAUGUCAACCCAUCGACUUCCCUCGACUCCAAACCCCCCCUGCGAAUCAUGGUCUAUCGCAGCGAACAGCUCUACGUAAAGAGCUAUUAAGACAACCCCUGAUCGAACACCUUCCGUCCCUGCGAAAUCGCAACAACACUACACAGCAUCCUCCGCAACCAUGCGCCGCCCAAUCCUCAUCUUCCUCCUCCUCCUCGCCGCCCUCGUCAUCUUCCUCCUGCACACAGUCUGGACGCUCCUCAGCCUGCUCGUCGUCUCCGGCGCCGAAGACAUGAUCACCAAAUCCGAACUGCCCGCCCCGGGCUCCAGCAGCAAACCAGGAGGUUCGCCCAUGAUCCCCAAAAUCAUCCACCAGACGUACAAAAACGCUAGCAUCCCCGCCGUCUGGCAGGAAGCACAACAAAGCUGUCUCGCGCUGCACAAAGCGGAAGACGGCUGGGAAUACAAGCUGUGGACGGACGCGCUGAUGGCGGAGUUUAUGUACAAAGAGUACCCGUGGUUCGUGGAGACGUUUGAGGGGUAUACGUAUCCGAUUGAGCGCGCGGAUGCGAUUCGGUACUUUGUGCUUUCGCAUUAUGGUGGGAUCUACAUUGAUUUGGACGAUGGGUGUAAUCGCUCUCUGGACCCGCUGCUCGUGUACCCCGCGUGGGUGCGCAAGACGAUUCCGACGGGCAUCAGUAAUGAUGCGAUGGGCUCUGUGCCGCGACAUCCGUUUUUCCGGCGGGUGGUUGAUGAGUUGCAGAACUACGACCGGCAUUGGGUGUUGUCGUACAUUACGGUGAUGGCGAGCACGGGACCGUUGUUCCUGAGCAUAAUUUGGAGGCACUACAGCUCCGAGGGGUGGAAUCAGGGGGAUGAAGCGGAUGGAGGCCGAAUACGAAUCCUCUUCCCGCAAGAAUACAUGGGGAAGGAGUGGAGCUUCUUCACGCAUCAUUUGGGCAACAGCUGGCACGCGGCGGACGUGCAAUUCAUCUUCUGGAUGGCGCGAAACUGGAUCUUUGUCACCAUCCUCGGCUUCUCCCUCGGAGGCGUCUUCAUCUUUGCCAUGUGGUGGCUGUACCGCCGGUUCUUCGUCGUGCGAUCCGAUGAGCCUCGCCGCAAACGCUCGCCGGGUCGAUCGCGCUUCCCGUUUUGGAGGAGUAUUAGUGCUCAUAAGGAUUACGAGCUCGUGGACAGGCAUGAGGUGUGAAGUUCUCUGACGCGAUUGUUGGCUUGACGGUAUUGCAUAGCGAUUGGAUGGCGGCCGUAUACGAAGUGCUCGAUCGGCUGGGCUGUUUGGAUUGCGGAUUCGCAUGUACCUUUGGACAGGGCAGAAUUUCCUGCUCCCUCAUCUAUCAUCCACAUCUCAAUUCUCCCAUAAUCGUAAUAAUGGACGCAAUACCGAUG